AUGCGAGGUGAAUGGAAUGGGUUACAAGCUUUGAUUUUGAAUGAUUGCUCAUAUGCUUACUAUGUUCAUUGUUUAGCACAUCGAUUACAAUUGGCAUUAGUUGCAUCAUCAAGAGAAGUUAUUCAUGUUCACCACUUUUUCACUAAAUUGACUUCUAUUGUCAAUAUUGUUGGUGCUUCAUGUAAGCGUAAUGAUGAACUGAAAAAUGCUCAAGCUGCUGAAAUUGAGCACAUGAUUGCAAUUGAUGAGCUCGAGACUAGGAAAGGAAUGAACCAAAUUGGCACCUUACAACGUGCUGGUGAUACUCGUUGGGGUUCUCAUUUGAAAUCAAUUACAAGCUUGGUAAAUAUGUUUAGUGCAAUAUGCAUAGUUCUAAUUAAUAUAAUUGAUAACGGAACUACUUAUUCUCAACGAGGAGAUGCUGAUGCAGCUUAUGAGGCAAUGACUUCAUAUGAAUUUGUCUUUAUCUUACAUCUUAUGAAAGAACUUAUGGAGAUCACUAAUGAUCUUUGUCAAGCUUUGCAAUGUCAAUCCCAAGACAUCAUAAAUGCCAUGAAUCUUGUUUCUUCCACUAAAGCACUCAUCCAAGAAUUAAGAGAUGAUGGAUGGGAUUCUUUACUGACCAAGGUGAAUUCUUUUUGUGAAGCACGUAACAUAGAUAUCGUAGAUAUGAAUGCUCGUUAUGUUGCAAGACGAGAUUCUCAACUUCAAGAAUUAAAUAGCAGAUUUAGUGAUCAAACAACAGAGCUGCUUAUUCUGGGGUCGGCUUUGGAUCCUCGUGAAGUGAAUAAAUCUUUUAGAAUUGAUGAUAUUUGUCAAUUGGUAGAUAAGUUCUAUCCGCAAGACUUUGAAGAUCAUGAGAAGAUAGGUUUGAGAAGACAACUUCAACAUUUUGAGAGUGACGUCGUUAGACUUCCAGAGUUGAAAAACUUGUCAACAAUUUCUGAUCUAUCUCAAUGGAUGGUAACGACUAGAAGAUCAACUACAUAUCCACUUGUUUAUAGAGUGGUUGUGCUUGUGCUUAGUCUUCCUGUUUCUACAGCAACUGCAGAGCGAUCAUUUUCUGCUAUGCGUAUAGUAAAAACUAGGCUUCGUAACAAGAUGGAAGACGAAUUUCUCACAGACUCUUUGAUUAUGUACAUCGAAAGGGAAAUUGCAGAAAAGUUUAGCAUUGACUCAAUCAUAGAUAGUUUUCAAGAUAUGAAAGAAUGA